AGGGUUUGUGCCUUGUACCCAAAGCCGAAAAACUUCAUUUAAAAAAAACUCAGAGCUGUCAAAAAUUAGUUUUCGGACAUAUUUUUAUUUUGCUCUGUUUCGUGAAUUCAUGAAAAUAAUGCAACUAAAUUAACGUACUGUAGAAAUGAAAAUGUUUAUUUAGCAGUCAACCAUCCACACCAAGCUAUCAAACUAAUGCAAGUGUAACUUGUAGUUAAUCUAGUGCGGGACAAAAAGUUGUGAUUUGUGUGACUGAUUUCGCAUCUAUUUCGCAAAAUCAAUAGUUUUAGAUCGAAAUCUUGUCUAAUGAUUGAGGGCUCAGUAUUAAUCUACAAAGCUCUGUGCUCUUUAUAAGGUUUCUGUGCUUUUAGUUACAGUUUUAAUUAAUUUCCACGAUGCAUUUGGGGGUAAAUAUUUCUAACGCUCUACAGCAAUUGGAGAGUGUAAAGGCUGCUGUAGAUCAAAGUGACGACCCAAAAUUAAAGGCGGCCACAAGUGAUGAUUUGACUUUGCUUAUCAAUUUACUGGAUAGCCCUAUAUUGAAAAGCAUUGCUACAUUACAUGACUCAGUUGGAAUGCUUGCCACUCAAGUGGCACAUCACCCAUCUAUUCUGCCCAGUGAUUUUGAUAUUACUCCAGCUGGUGACUUGGCUUUGCAAGCAAGAAAUUUGUAUGGCAGUAAUGAAGGGGAAGAGGAACAAAGAGUGCCUCAGGUGUCUCCGCCUCAGAGCCUGGAAUUUGGGUCCAGUUCUGAUAACGAACGCAUUUUAGGCCUUGACAGUGCCUCAGUUGAUUCCAACAUGUCACCAAAGCAGAGCCGUGGAAUUUUGGAUUUGUCUCGAAAUGAUGAUUCUUUGGCAUCAACAUCACACAAUAUUGUAGCUGGUGACUGGGCUCAAGUUGAGAUUAUAAACCUGGUGAAUGAUGGAACUGGUCUUGGAUUUGGUAUUAUUGGGGCAAGAACUAGCGGUGUUAUUGUCAAAACGAUCUUGGCGGGUGGUGUCGCGGAUCGUGACGGCCGCCUGAAAUCUGGCGAUCAUAUCCUGCAAAUUGGAGAUGUGAGCCUAAUGGAGAUGGGUUCGGAGCAGGUGGCGGGCGUGCUACGCGCGUCAGGAUCACGCGUGCGUCUUGUGGUCGCGCGCGCGGUCGACCCCGCCGCGGCGCACGCGUCACCCGCGCCCGUAGUGCCUGCUAGGCUCCUAUCUGAUCCAGAGGCGCUGGAUCGUUACCUCAUGGAUGCUGGUUUCGAGCAAGUCUUCCACACUCAGCCGACGCCUGUAUCUCUGAACUCUACGUCUACCAGAUUUGUCUUUGACAAAUCUAUAACACCACCUCCAGAAACAGACGCAGAAUCGCCAGAAGUUGACAGAUUUACUGUGCAGUUAAAGAAAGACGAAAAUGGCCUUGGAAUAACCAUAGCAGGCUAUGUAUGCGAAAAGGAAGAGCUUUCUGGAAUAUUCGUGAAGUCAGUGACAGCGGGCAGCGCAGCCGCGCUCAGCGGAAAGGUGCGGGUCAACGACCGCAUCGUGGCUGUCGACGGAGUGUCCCUCGCCGGCAAGUCCAACCAGCGCGCUGUGGACGCGCUGAAACAGAGCGGGAAUGUGGUUACGCUGGAGUUGGAAAGAUACCUCCGCGGUCCGAAGUUCGAGCAGCUUCAACAAGCGAUCGCUGCAGGCGAGUCGGCGGCCAUCGUGGCGGCGCCUCACAAUCCUUUCCUGCACAUGCACCGUCCUGAGUCGAGCGCCGAGCGCGACAUACAGAUGACGCAUCUGCAUAGCUCGCUGGACAGCACCGUGGAGGACGCGCCGGCGUCGCCUCCGCGCAGCCCGCCGCCGCCCGCGCCGCGUCCCCAGCCCGCCUUCGAGAUGCCGCGCUCGCAGGAACAGAAGGACGCCAUCAAGCGCAAGUGGCAGGCCAUACUUGGUUCCGACGUAGAAAUAGUAGUGGGCGUGGUAGUUCGCGGCGGAGGCGGACUGGGCAUAUCCCUUGAAGGCACUGUAGACGUAGAGGGAGGGAGGGAGGUCAGGCCGCACCACUACGUACGGUCGGUCCUACCAGAGGGCCCGGUAGGGCGCGCGGGCGUCCAUCGCCCGGGAGACGAACUGCUUGAGGUGAACGGCCACCGGCUCCUAGGCAUGAACCACCUGGAAGUGGUAUCGAUCCUGAAGGAACUCUCGAGCGAAGUGUGUAUGGUCUGCGCGCGGCCCCGUCCCCAGCCUGCGUUGGAUCUAGCGCCGCCAUCUACCACGCUUGUUAAGGCGAAGUCUGAUGGAAGCCUCGCAGGCGCCGGCGCAGAGGAAGGUGGAGCUCUAUCGGCUGGAGGCAAGGUGCGCUCGCGCAGCCUAGAGCCGCUCACCGGGCUUGCCAUGUGGUCAUCUGAACCGCAGAUCAUAGAGCUGGUGAAGGGCGAGCGCGGGCUCGGGUUCUCGAUCCUGGACUACCAGGACCCGCUGCGGCCGGCGCACACGCUGGUGGUGAUCCGCUCGCUGGUGCCGGGCGGCGUGGCGCAGCAGGACGGCCGCCUCAUACCCGGCGACCGGCUGCUCUUCGUCAACGACCAGAACCUCGAAGACGCGAGCCUUGAACAAGCAGUAGCAGCGUUGAAGGGUGCUCCGCGCGGUGUGGUCCGCAUCGGCGUGGCCAAGCCGCUCCCGCUGGCUGACGCGCCGCCGCCGCUGCCCUCAACCGCGCCGCCCGCGCCCUUGCAAGCCCCGCCCACUCCUUAAGACGUACGUCCAACCUCAGGUAGGGUUGCCAACUAUACUCACGCCCGUAUUCACAAAUGAUGCUGCUUAAGAGAAGCAGCACAUCGAACGCACAGCGUUGAAUAGAGCUCUGUGAUUAGUUCGUGUGUCACUCUGUGCGUCUACGCGCACUGUGAGAUCUCAUAGUAAUGUUUGUGAAUACGGGCGUUAUACUUUUACAACAAUGAACUAUACAUAAAAUCUGUGGAACCCACCCUUAAAAUUGGCAACCCUGAAUAUAUUAUAGCAGGGUUUCUUAACCUCUAAUACAGCGUUGCAUGAAGACAAAUACGAGAAUACAGUGUUUUAGACGUUUCAUAGAUGCAGAUGUAUGUCCCCUCUAUGACUAAUGACUUGAGGUUAAAAAUCCUACGUUAUAAUUUUCAAACUACUUGCAACUUGUGUCUCAAACAAGUUGAAUAUACGAGAAACAUCGUCUCGUGUUUGCUUUUGGAGUUAGGACCUUGAAAGCAUAUUCCGCGUCUUGCGUGACGUUACAGAAUUAUGUUUUUUUAGUGCAUUCGAGACGACACUUAACUGUUUUAUGCUAAAAGUUUAGACACGCUACUUGCAAUCUUUUUUAUUUAUUCUACUUAUAAUAGAAACAUUUUCUAUAAAUUAUUGUUAAUCAAAGAAAAACCGCCUGAAGGACAUUGAGUUUUAUUAACGGAUCGAUCAAUUUAUGAAAUAAACUUUAGUGAAACGACGUGUUAGAAAACCCCUGACAAAAACUUUUUGUCUUAAGACAAUAACUAAAAGCGUUACCACACAAUAAUUUAAAGUAUUUCCAAUCUGUAUUAUGAACUUGGUAAAAAUAAACGAAAUAAUGUAGAAUAUAAUAUUAAAAUUAAAGGUCAAUCAUCCCUAUCUUAUCAAUGCAUUUCUCAGUUGUUAAACUCAUAAUCUAUUCUUUGAAAUGCAAUUUAUUAUUAAUAAUUUAUCGUUUUGACAUGCACUGAUGCACUCACUGAUCCCUUUUCCAAAACGGGCUUAUUAGUUUUAUUAGCAUAGCAUUAUAUUUCAUGUUUACUCGUGUAGGUUACACUCUUUUUUGUCUUUGUAUCUGAAUGAAUAUGAAAUAAUGGGUCACCUAGACCAAACUAUCCUUAUAAACUCUUAAUUUAAGUAUAUAAUUUCCUUUAUUGAAAGAAAUCAUUCCAAUCAUAGUUAUGUAAUAAGAAAAUGAUUUUAUAUUGUACUUACUUAAAACAUUCGUGAAAUAUGGUUUAAAUAUUUUAUGGGUAAAAGCGUCAUGUACUUACUCAAACAUCAGUAUCAUGUUUAAUAUUUGACUUUGUUCUUUUGACAUUUAUUAGAAUUGUAUCUUAGACUUAGGUUAGCAAAAUGGAA